GACAUGUGCAGCUUGUAAGCAGCAUUAUGACGCACCGCGCAUUCAUUUCUCUGAUAUGGUAGAUGCUAGUAGAUUCGCUCGCAUUCUUAGAACAUCUCGUCCGUAAUCUGCCUGCCUGAUUUUGAAGACAAUUGAAGUCAUGCAAUCAACUAUAAAGUACACCAUGAAGUCAAGCAGAAGUGAAAUUCCCUUCCUCAUCAGAACACCACUCAGAUACACAGCAAACACCCAAGCAACAACAAAAGCAAAGCACUCCCGCAACACACAUCCACACAACUCACGACAACAUCAACCAACCUGACAACAUCUUCACAACUACAUAAAAAACAACACUCAACAAUCACAAUGGCUUUCUUCCCUCGCACUUUCUACCACCCCACCGAGGCCUCUUUCACGCCUCUCUUCCGUCUCCUCGACGACUUUGACAGCUACAGCCGACAGAAUGGCAAGAGCUGCAAUGUCCGCCGCCAGCCAGUUCCCCAGUGGCAGCCCAAGUUUGACGUGCGCGAGACCACCCAGGCCUACGAGCUCCACGGCGAACUUCCCGGCAUAAGCAAGGAGAACGUCCAGAUCGAAUUCUCCGACGCCCAGACCUUGGUUGUCCGCGGCAAGACUGAGCGCACAUACACUGCCGGCACAUCACCCACUGCUUCCGUCGAAAACACUCCUUCUGCAGAAACUAUCACUGAGAAGGCCGAGUCUGAACGCAGAAACUCGCACCAGGCGACUGUUGAGGACGAAGACGAGGCCAGCGAGCGCGAGUCGGGCUAUGAAGUCGUGACCACCGAAGAAGAGAAGAAGCCUGAGACCAAGACUCCCCAACAGCCCGCCGACAAGGCCAAGUACUGGCUCACCGAGCGCAGUAUUGGCGAGUUCUCGCGCAGCUUCCACUUCCCUGGUCUGGUUGAGCACGACGCUGUCAGUGCUAGCUUCCAGGACGGUAUUCUGAGCAUCACCGUCCCCAAGGCGAAGAAGCACGAGGCACACCGUAUCUUCAUCCAGUAAACCAUUUCACAAUUCGGAAAAGACACAACAUCUCACAACAAUGGAAUAAUACUAUAAUCUACCUUGGGAUUAGCUUUGCUGUCUGCCUUUCUCGAUUGCAUCAAUGGGAGUUGGGGGGAUUUGGGAUCAACGGUCAAUUUUCAACGUCUGC